CCCAAGUUCUCUCCACGCUGCUUACUUUUUUGAGUUACGGUCUCCUCUGCUGAGAAGAGCGAGCGUGACUGUCACUCCGGUCACAGAUGCCGCAGCACGGGGACCAGGCGGCAGCAACAGCAGCAGACAACGAGCGGUAAUUAGAAAGAUGCGCCGGACCGGCGUGAUUCACUAUAGCGGUAUAGCAACCCUCCCUACUUCGGACGUUUUAUACUAAUACGCCCAAUCAGAAUCGGAGCAGACGCACCAUAAAAGCGAGCGAUUGGCGGUGCAAAAGACGAAAAAAAUGCAGGAGAGAUAAAGGUGACUGGCAGUGCGUAACGGCGACAGCUGGAGUCCGGUACACUAGGCUGCGGCGCGACUUGUCGCGGGGAGCACUCGACUGCAUCAGACAUAUCACCGGACAGCGGAAAGCUUUUCUUUCUCGUUUUUAGAAUCUCAAAGGCGGAAUCGUAAAGAUCGAAUCCCGGGAAACAACCUGACAGUUCGAGAAAAAGGCUGAAACAACAACUGUGCUACAAGGUCGGAACACAUCGGCGGUGUCAAGUUUGAACUUUUUCUGAGUUUUGCGUCCUCUUGUACCUUUGCUCAUCUCCAUUAUUAUUACUGCUUUUGUGAUCUUCUGUUGCCCGUUUCGUGUUGCUUGAGCAAGAAGAAUUCCGCUAAAAACGGAAUCGCAUUGCGCCCUGGUGGCUUUUUCGUACCUUGCUGCCUUCAUCACUGCCCAUUUCUGUGUCAAGAGGAGUUCAAGCUCUGAUUGUCUUACACCGGAACGCAGAUCAAGCCUUGAGGACAACCUGAGAGCCUGGCGACAUUCGUUACUCACCGGGGAUACCUUGCAGUGUAUAAUAUGUUGCAAGGACGUACAGCUCACAGAUGUGCCCAUCUUUAAAGUAAAAACGAGACGAUUCUGCCGUAGGGCAGGUGUGGACAAGUCAGACAUAUGGAAGGCUAUUAGAGAGACUAAUUGGAAGCCACUCAUAUAAAACUGGUUGCCUGGGAUUACUAGGAGAAUGCUGGUUUCAAGUCCACCGUUGCAGCAGCAUGACAUGGUUCUGGUGCGGCGCUGCUGUUGUUAAAUGGCUGCCUCUCAUGGUUCUGUCCGAGUGGACGGCCUUGAGUCUGCAUUGCUGGGUUUUAACUGUGAGCACCACUUUGGGUCAACAUGGGACUACUGGGCCAAUGGACUGGCUCCUGUCGGACAAGGGGCCUUUUCAUCGUUCUCAAGAAUAUGCUGAAUUUGUAGAGCGAUAUCAGCAGGGGUACACCACCCGCUACAAGAUUUAUAGAGAGUUUGGCCGGUGGAAGGUGAACAGUCUGGCUGUGGAGAGAAGAGAUUUUCUUGGAUCAGCUUUGCCACUCACCCCUGAGUUCAUUGCUACCAUACGGCUCUUAGGACGCAGGCCUAGUCUCCAGCAGAUCACAGAAAACAUCAUCAAGAAAUAUGGAACACACUUCUUACAGUCUGCUACGCUAGGUGGGGAAGAAUCUUUGACGAUUUUUGUAAACAAGAAAAAACUAAGCAAGAAAGGCAACCCAAAAGACUCUAAUGAUAACAGCUCUGCGCCAACUCUGGAGACCCUUCAUCAACUGGCCGCCUCUUAUUUUAUUGACCGAGAGAGUACCCUUCGAAAAUUACACCAUCUACAGAUAGCCACCACAGCCAUCAAGGUUACAGAGACGAGAACUGGCCCACUAGGAUGCAGUAAUUACGACAAUCUCGACUCCGUCAGCUCUGUUUUGGUCCAGAGCCCUGAAAACAAAAUCUAUUUACAAGGUAUUCAAGUUAUCCUGCCUACUUAUUUGCGGGACCGCUUUGUGAGAGCUGCUCUGGGUUACAUCAGCUGCAACUCUGAAGGAGACUUUAUCUGUAAGGACAAUGACUGCUGGUGCCAGUGCACCUCUACAUUUCCAGAAUGCAACUGCCCAUCAACUGAUAUUGAGUCAAUGGAAGAAAAGUUACUUCAAGUCAAAGAAGCAUGGAACAAUUACAAUACUGAAUUUGAACAAUCGGGAGAGUUCCAGGCCUUCGUGAGGAGACUUCCUUUGGACUAUCGACUGAAUAUGUCCACUAUUUUUUAUCUUUGGUCCAAGGAUCUGGCUUUGCAACGCCUCUAUGACCAACUAGAGGGAACAGUAACGCAGCUCCACGGCAAGGCCCAAAAGAUAAUACAAAAAUUAUUCAAUCUCAGCAAGCGUUGCGAAAAGCAACCACAAUACAAGCUGCCUAGAGAAAGAUCACUAAACUACUGGCUGAAAAAGAUCCAGUCACUCCUUUACUGCAACGAGAACAAUCUUUCAGGUGUUUUCAAUGAGGAGCUGCAAAGCUGUGCCUGCCCCAUGGAUCAGGAGUCAUGCCAGAGCAGUUUACCAUGUAGAGUUGGCGAUGGCUCAAGCUGCUUGACCUGCUCCUCAGAUAAUCCAGCCCAGUGUGGCAGCUGCAACGGUGGUUAUGUGCUCAGCCAGGGGAUUUGUCGAACUUUGGUAGCCGACUCACCAGAACACUACUUGGGCUUAGAGACAGACUUUCAAGAUCUCGAGAUGAAAUAUCUUCUGCAGAAGCAUGACAGCCGUAUAGAGGUGCACGCCAUCUUCAUUAGCAAUGACAUGCGUCUAAACAGCUGGUUUGAUCCUUCCUGGCGCAAGCGGAUGCUUCUCACCUUAAAGAGCAACAAGUUUCGCUCGAAUUUUGUUCACAUGUUGCUUGGCCUGACGGUGCAAAUUUGCCUGACCAGGAAUAGUACCCUAGAGCCAGUUUUGUCUAUUUACAUAAAUCCAUUUGGAGGCAGUCAUUCGGAGAGCUGGCUACUUCCUGUUCACGAAAACAGUUUCCCAGACUGGGAGAGGACUACAUUGGAUGGAGUCCCUCAGUGCACCAACUGGACUCUGAUUUUAGGAAACAAGUGGAAAACCUUCUUUGAGACAGUUCACAUCUACUUGCGAAGCAGGAUUAAGGCCACCGAUGCCAUUAGCAAUGAGACAAUCUACUAUGAACCCCUUGAGUUUAUUGAUCCAUCCAGGAACUUGGGAUACAUGAAGAUUAACAGUGUGCAAACAUAUGGCUACAGCAUGCAUUUUGACCCUGAGGCUAUAAGGGAUCUUAUCCUGCAACUGGACUACCCCUACACUCAAGGAUCCCAGCAUUCAGCUCUGCUUCAGUUACUGGAGAUCAGAGAUCGUGUAAACAUGCGGUCUUUACCCGGCAAGCAGCGCCUUGACUUCUUCUCUUGUAUGCUACGGCAUCGGCUUAAAAUGUCAGCCAGUGACGUGGUUCGAAUCAGCGACUCCCUGAAGGCAUUUGCCGCCAGACUUCCCCACGCCGUUGAAUAUGAGACAACCAAACUGUGCAGUUAAUGAAAAAAUCCUUUUUAAUCUUUAUCAUGUUUUGUGGGUUAGACAAAUGGCAAAAAGGAUGGACCAUAAGACACUUGUUGAACUUAUUGUGAAAAAGAAUUUGAAAUAUAGGGCAAUUUAGGAAACAGGCCCUUGAUUUUUAUCAGUUUUCAACAAAGGUUGUGUUGCUGUUAUCUUUCUGUACAUUCUUAGUGGAACAGUACUUUCUGGUGUCGUUUGCCUUCAGCUGGUCUAAUAGAGAAAGAUGGCACAACUCUUAAAAGUUAAAGAACACAAAAUGUGGAAGCUGUAGUGUUAUACUGUUAAAUGAGUUGUGGCUAUUCAUUGGAAUCUGAAAAUUGAGAUGAAUUGAAAGAAUACCCUCAAACUUGGGGAGAAAGCUGGCUUUGAUUUGCUCUGAAAUUUUUUAUAUGAUUUUCUGGAGAAGGUGGUUCAUUCUAAUGUUGUAAGAAAGUUUUAAUGUUCCUCCUUUCUGAAAGCAACUUUAUUCCUGGUAAUAAUGACUAUUAUUGGAAAUGCUAUGGCUAAAACGGCAAGGAUUCAGAUGAGUUUGUACCGAUCAAUAAUCUUUUAGUACAAGUUUUCUGUCGACUUUUUUCUUUUGAUUAUAUGCAAUAUUGUUAUUCUUUUCAGGAUAUUUUUCUACGUGUGCUUCUUUCCUUCUUUAUUCUUUAAAGAUGCUUUCAAAAUAAAACAAACACCGCAGCGGAUACAGGCAGUGGACACAUAAUCUGCUGUGCGUGAGACACUCAUUGAUGGCCUGUUGGUUUAGUGGUGGGUCACUUUAGCUGCCCAUGGUAACGUACUAACGGGGUGCCUGACUUUAUACAUAAUGUUUAUUUGAUCAGUGAGUGCUAGAACUAAAAAAUUCAACUAAGUAAAGAGAAAAAAAUACAGCUUAUUAUAAAAUAAUCAUUCAUACCCAAAGACAUGAAGGUUAGGUUAGAAUGAGGGUGUCCUUGGUUGGACUGUCCCCCCACCUGUUGUGUGCCCAGUGCUGGCAAAACACAGUGCUGGACAACCCUGAAUUAGAUUAAGCAAGUUUGGAAAAGGAAGGAUGAUAUGCAGUAUCAUAUAAUGAAAACCCUAGAGCCUUAUUUCAAAAAAGCCUUUGCCUUGUAGUUAAUUCUGGAAUGGGCUGACAUACUCCAUAAAGGCUGAUUCCUGCCUUGCAACCAUAAACUGGAAAACCCAAUAUCAAAAACAAGUGAUGGAAGUGAUGGAAGAUGGGUAUAAAGAAGGUGCACUUUUGUUUUCUUAUUGUGUGUUAAAUGUGUAAUCUCACAUAAACAACUUCAGAUUCUUUUUCUCUUUGCUGCCAAUUGAUGCAGUGAUGGAACGGCACCCUAAAUUCCAUGAAGGGGGUUUGAAAAUGUUAUAUCACUACCUAAUGACUUACAGUAUCUCCUGGAUGACUGCAGAAUUUCAUGCUAGACCCAUCUAUUUGUCUAUUAUCAGACCUACUCAGUCUAGUUCAUGAAUUUACCCUGCAUGGGGUGUGCCAGUCUAUAUUAUUGUGCUGGUUAGCACUACUGCAGUGAUUUUAAAUCCCUGCCUUGGGACUGUCUCUGUGGGGUUGCAAUACUUCCUGUGUGUGCAUGGUUUUCAUUGGGCACACAAGUUUUACCCCCGAAUCUCAACUAAUAAAUUGCUGAAUUCUUGUAAUUAAUUGACGACUUCAUAUUGACUCAGAAUUAUGCCCUGAGUGGUAAGCUGGUUGCAUUUUGUGUUGCACUUGAUGCUGCAGGAAUCAAUUCUCCACAGCUCUAUUUGGAUUAAGCAGGUUUGACAGAUUAAAAUUUAUUUUACAUAUAACACAGAACCCUGUUCUGGAAACCAUGAUUAGAAAAUAAAUGGUGGAUAUAUAUAAUUUUUUUAAUUUAAAAAUCUUGGCUAUUUUUUUUUCCACCUGCUGUGAGAGCUAAGCCACCUCUUUCCUAUUUUCAGCAGCAAUGGUGUCAAGUAACACAUGCACAUUAUUCAUGCUGCACUGCAGUUUGUAAAAAACAUGGUCAUUUUCAGCCCCAUGCUGUGUGAGGUGUAUCCAACUUAUUUGAAAUGCUUAAACACUACAAACCAUUUGAAGUUGUCUCUGCCAGUAAAGAUCCCUGGAGACUUUACAGCUUUAAAAUGGAAAUAAUACUGUACUAAAUUUAGGAAGUGCAACAAAGGAACUAACGGUGUUAGUGUGGGUCCUGGAGAUAAAUAAAAAAUGCAUUGGCAAAUAUGCACUGGAAAAAGAAAAAGAAUACAUUUAAAAGAGAUAUUCCAGACCUUUGGUCAUAUUUAACAUGUUGGAUAAGAGAAAUCCUGGACAAGGUCAACAUUAUCCUUUUUAAACUCUACCCAGCUACUCUAAAAUUUAAAAUAGUAUUUUUGUUUCAUUUACACUCUGCCUGGUCUAAUAAUACUUUUAAUUUGAUAUUAAAUUUUGAAACUGAAACUGAAGUGAUACCGGAAAUAAGUGUUUACAAAAUGAAUUAUGAAGAGCAGUAGCUCCAGAUUAUGUUUUACAGUUAACCGACUGGUACAGGCUAAAGUAAUUUUAUAUAUUUCAUGUAUCUAUUUAAAAUAAAUAAAAAGCACGUUUAAAAAGUGGA